AUGGUUUCACUAGAGGUCGCUCUACGACAGAUGCUGGUGUGGCACUUCUCAAACAUAUAUAUGACGCCUGGGAGAGAUCACAAAAUGCUAUUGAUCUCAAAUCCACGAGUAUGCGUAAUCGGAGCUGGGAUAGCAGGACUGACUUCAGCCAAGCAUUUACAAGAUGAAGGUAUCGAGUUUGUCGUUUUCGAAUCGUCGCGAUAUGUCGGCGGCACCUGGCGAUAUGACCCCAAAGUGGGCACCGAUGAAAACGGCCUGCCGAUACAUACCAGUAUGUAUAAACAUUUGAGGACGAAUCUACCAAAACCUACUAUGGAAUUCAAAAGUUUCCCUGUGCCAGAAGACAUGGCUUCGUUUCCGACCUGGAAAACUUACUACGAAUAUAUUCAGGAUUAUACCAAGCACUUUGAUUUGGAGAAACAUAUUAAGUUCCUACACAAGGUUAUAUUAGUUUCGAGGGUAGGAAAUAUUUGGAAGGUCAAGUAUCAAAACGUUUUGACUAAUGAAGAGUUUGAUAAUGAAUUCGACUUUGUCUUAGUUGGCACUGGACAUUUUAGUAAACCGAAUAUGCCUAAUUUUUUGGGAGAAGAGAAAUUUUCAGGUUCAAUAAUCCACAGUCACGAUUACAGAGAACCAGACCGCUACAAAAACCGUAGAGUUCUUAUAGUAGGUGCCGGUCCAUCAGGCAUGGAUAUCACUAUGGACGUAGCCUACGUCAGCAAGACUCUCAUCCACAGCCACCAUUCGAAAGUCCCCUUUCGAACAAAAUUUCCAAAACACUACUUAAAAAAACCAGAUAUUAAAGAAUUUACCGAAACAGGAGUCAUAUUCGAAGAUGGAAGCUACGAGGAUGUUGACGAUGUCAUAUAUUGUACAGGUUACGAAAUUUACUACCCAUUUUUGGACAAAAGUUGUGGAUUAGACAUAACUCCUCGAAGCAUACCUCAUUUGUACAAGUACAUGGUUAAUAUAAACCAACCUACAAUGAUGUUUCUGGGACUUAUCGUACGAGCUUGUCUAGUUGUGGCGAUUGACACUCAGUCUCAAUACGCAACGGCUGUAAUAAAAGGUAACUUCACGCUACCUUCAAAGGAGCAAAUGUUAGAAGAAUGGGAGAGUCGAGCUAAUGUCAUCAGAUCAAAGGGUCGACCUUUUUCUGACAUACAUUUACUAGCUGAGAAAGAAGAUGAAUACUACGCUGAUUUGACAAAGGAAUCCGGUAUAGACCGAGUGCCUCCAGUCAUGUUCAAUAUGCGAAUAAAAAACAUGCAUAUGAUGUUGGAAAAUUUGUACACGUUCAGAGACUACGUUUACACGGUCAUUGAUAAUGAGAACUUUAGCAUUCAAAAAUAUAAUGAAUCCAAUCAUUUUAGUUGAAGAAAUUUACAUGUACUUACAUUACAUUUUACAAACAUG